CAAAUCAUACUCACCAUUAUAUACAUAAACACGGCACCACCUGCAAUUGCAAAGAAAGCCAAGCCGAGGUGCAAUGAUACCUGUGGGAACGUGACCAUUCCAUACCCUUUUGGAAUCGGUACUGAUUGUUCUGCCAACCCAUGGUACAACGUUAAUUGCAUCUCUUCCAAGCCAUAUCUGCCUAAACUCAACAACCUGGAAGUCUUGCGUAUAGACUUGGGUAAUCCAACAGUCACUGUUAAUACGCCAAGAAUUACUAAUUGUCAAAACACAGUUCAGAAGAGCAGUGAUUUCAUGGGAGUCCUUCGUGAUAGCCCCUUCUUGUUCUCCAAAUUAAGCAAUAGGUUUGUUUAUGAGGGGUGUGGUACUGCGGCUAUGGUGGCAAAUAAUGGGAGUGUACUUACAGAGUGUUCAUCCACUUGUGUCAAUGUUACACCUAGCGGUACACGAAACUGUUUUGGAAUCGGUUUUUGCCAGACCACAAUUCCCCAUCGUGUCUGGUCGUACAACAUUAACUUCACCCGCUUGGAAGAGGAAGAGGGAGGUUGUGGGUUUGCCUCCUUGGUGGAUCAAACUUCAUAUGACCAAGGAAAUGUUUCUGUCAGGGAUAGCCCUUUUAUUCCGAUAUCACUUGUGUGGACUCUAGCAGACUCCGAUCAAAUAACUUGUUGUGAUAGCAAAGACCCUGAAAGACGCACAGUGGCUCUUUAUGAUGGUCCUCCAGUGAAUACAAGGAGGUGUGGUAGAGAGUCAGAAGAAGACAACCCUUAUUUAAAAGAUGGAUGCAAGACCUAUGAGCGUACGGAAGAGUGUAGACGGUGCAGAGAUCUUGGAGGUAACUGUAAAAGUUCCCCGAUACUUGACAUCGAUGAUACAGUUUAUAAUUGGAACAUCGCUUGUUAUGACGUAAAAUGGAAACCAAGCAAAACAAAUCUCCGGGGUGUAAUUCUAGGUAUUAGCAUAAGCAUGGGGGUAUUUUUUAUUGUUGUCAUCAGUUACAUAUUGCACAAAGUGAUUAAGAAGACAAAAGUAAGGAGGCAAAGAGAGAGAUUUUUUAAACGCAAUGGUGGUUUACUUCUAAAACAACAACAAGAAGUUGAUCCAUCUUUAGUUAAUAAAACCAUACUUUUCACAUCACGUGAGUUACAGAAGGCCACUAACAACUUUAAUGAGAAUAGAAUUCUUGGCCGAGGGGGUCAAGGUACAGUCUAUAAAGGCAUGCUGACAGAUGGAAGGAUUGUGGCAAUUAAAAAAUCGAAAAUAAUUGACGAAAGCCAGUUAGAGCAGUUCAUUAAUGAGGUGGUCAUUCUUUCCCAAGUUAAUCAUAGGAACGUGGUCAAACUAUUGGGAUGUUGCUUAGAGACAGAAGUCCCUCUCCUCGUUUCAGAAUUCAUUCCAAAUGGUACCCUGUAUCAUCGGCUUCACAACAGAAAUGACGAGUUCCCACUUUCAUUUAACAUGAGAUUACAAAUUGCUACAGAGGUUGCAGGAGCACUUGCUUACUUACAUUCAUCAACUUCCAUUCCAAUAUACCACAGAGACAUCAAAACCACUAAUAUACUUUUGGAUGAUAAAUACAGAGCCAAAGUCUCUGAUUUUGGGACUUCAAGGCUCGUCUCAAUUGAGCAAACUCAUUUGACUACCACAGUCAAAGGUACGUUUGGCUACCUUGAUCCUGAGUAUUCUCAAUCCAGUCAAUUCACUGAAAAAAGUGAUGUUUAUAGUUUUGGGGUUGUUUUGGUUGAAUUGUUAACCGGAGAAAGGCCAAUUUCGCUAACUAGAUUUGGUGAAAAUAUAACUUUGAUUGCACACUUUACGUCGGCUAUGGAAGAAAGGCGUGUUAUGUCUAUUUUUGAUGCGUUGGUGAUUAAAGAGAGUACUGUGGAUGAGCUUAUGAUUGUAGCUAACCUAGCAAUGCGAUGUUUAAAUCUGAAUGGAAAAUAUAGACCAACAAUGAAAGAAGUAGCUAUAGAGUUAGAAACCAUACGAACAUCACACGUUCCAUCUACAAUUCAAAUGUAUACUAGUUCUAUGGUGUAUAGGGAGGAAAUAUCGAUGCUAAGCUAUGGCGAAUCAUCAUCAACCUGCUAGAGUUUCAACAAUAACAUUAGUCGAUCUUGAUAAAAACUCGUUCUUUGUUUAUUGUAAUAAAGUUACAUAUACAAAUCAUUGUUUGUUAGAACAUAAUAUCUUUAGCUGAGUCUUGUAUCUUGAAAGUGUCCAGGUUAUAGGUUAGAUAGAGUUUUGUUUUGAUGUUUUAUGUUUACGCAAUAGUCUUGCAUUUGGUAGUCAACGUAUGUGUGUCAAGGGCGUAUGAAUCAUGCAUGGUUUGUGUCGCCGCAUGAGACAUGUGUUAGUUCAUGUAGAAUGUAUGUCUCAUAUGUAAAUAAA